GACCCCACGGCGUACGUGCGAGAAUCGUCUGUUUCGAAGGAUGUGCGGCUGGUGAAGCCCCGCCGUGGGGAUGCGGAUGCUUUCCGCUCCGUGAGUCAGGAGUCCACAAGGCUUUCGAGCCACAGUUGAAGCUGAAUGGCCGGUCUGCUGCUAUGGCUGCGGAUACUGCUCUUCGUCACAGCGGAGAAGAAAGCUUGUUAGGUGCUGGUCGUUUGUCUUCGCCUACUGGAAGACAAUUUGGUGCACCUAGGGCUACUUCUUCUGCCAACGAGAGGGCAAGAGCACAAGCAGUUAAUGCCGUAGCACAGCCUUCCGAGCCGUAUUUGCGGGUAUCAAGAGAAAUGGCAGAUGAUAGAAAGGCUUCUGCGAAGGGUUAUUUCUGUCCGUGCCACACGGACCCUGAGAUGUAUCACAGCACAUCUCAUGCAGACUAUAAGGCGUAUCCUUCUGAUGCACUACCCCGCCCUCAAUUGAAGCCUUUGGAGAGGAAGGUGGUUUUUGAGAAUCGUGACUUUAUGAGUGAGUAUAAAAAGAACUUUCUUGGUCGAGUGCCUCAGUAUUUGCCAAUUCCGGCAGCGGCUCCAGCUGUUAAGGUGCGCCAUGUGGAUCCAUCCACAUAUACUACGACAUGUAGAGCUGCAUAUACGGACCCCCGGGGGCAACAUUAA